CCGGUUGGGUCCAGACCUGCUUUGAGGAGCCUGUGGGGUCGCAAAAUGAACCCCACGGACACAGCCGACACCACCCCGGAUGAAAGCAUCUAUAGCAAUUACUACCUCUAUGAAAACAUCGCCAAGCCUUGCACCAAGGAAGGCCUCAAGGCCUUCGGGAGGCUCUUCCUGCCUCCGCUCUAUUCCUUGGUCUUCCUCUUUGGUCUGCUCGGGAAUUCCGUGGUGGUUCUGGUCCUGAUCAAAUACAAGCGGCUCAAGUCCAUGACCGACGUGUACUUGCUCAACCUCGCCGUCUCGGACCUCCUCUUCGUGCUCUCCCUCCCUUUCUGGGGCUACUACGCGGCAGACCAGUGGGUUUUCGGCGAAGGUCUGUGCAAGAUCGUGUCCUGGAUGUACUUGGUGGGCUUCUACGGCGGCAUAUUCUUUAUCACGCUCAUGAGCAUCGAUCGGUACCUGGCCAUCGUGCAUGCAGUGUUCUCCCUGAGAGCAAGGACCUUGACCUACGGGGUCAUCACCAGCGUGGCCACGUGGACAGUGGCCGUGUUCGCCUCCCUCCCUGGCUUUUUGUUCAGCACUUGUUACACCGAGCGCAACCACACCUACUGCAAAACCCAGUACUCCCUCAACUCCACCACGUGGAAGGUUCUGACCUCCCUGGAGAUCAACAUCCUCGGCUUGGUGGUUCCCUUCGGGGUCAUGCUGUUCUGCUACUCGCUGAUCAUCAGGACCCUGCAGCACUGCAAAAAUGAGAAGAAGAACAAGGCGGUGAGGAUGAUCUUUGCCGUGGUGGUCCUCUUCCUGGGCUUCUGGACACCUUACAACGUGGUGCUCUUCCUGGAGACCCUGGUGCAGCUAGAAGUCCUUCAGGACUGCGCCCUGGAAAAGUACCUGGACUACGCGCUCCAGGCCACAGAAGCCCUGGCUUUCAUUCACUGCUGCCUGAAUCCAGUCAUCUACUUUUUCCUGGGGGAGAAGUUUCGCAAGUACAUCAUACAGCUCUUCAAAACCUGCAGGGGCCCCUUCGUGCUCUGCCAAUACUGUGGCCUCCUCCAAAUUUACUCUGCUGACACCCCCAGCUCAUCUUACACACAGUCCACCGUGGAUCACGACCUCCGUGACGCUCUGUGAAACAAAUGAAGGUGCAAAACGCAGAGCUGACGAGCUGCCCAUACGCAGAGCUUACUUAAAAUUGUAUUUUGGUGAGAGAUCCCCGAGCCCGUGUCAGGAGGAAGGCUGACACCGUGGUGGAAAGAGGGCUUCUUGACCUGUAGGUGGCUUCUCCUCCGCCAGCAAAGU